GUUUUGCGUGCCUUGCGUGWGCGUGACCGUGGCUGUUUUAGUGCACGAGUGUCGCGAUGGGAAAGUUGUUAUGAUCAGGAUCGUGUCAUUUUAGCUAACAUCUACACCUUCACAGCUUCAGGACUACAGUUAGUCCAGUCUGAGGUGAGAAGCACAAUGAGUCUGCCUCUUCACGAUCUCCUUGUCUGCUGCCGAGGCCUGGAGAAUGACAAGGCUACAGAGAGGAAGAAAGAAGCUGAACGCUUCAGGCGGCUCAUUCGAUCCAAAGAGGUCMUACAGGAAUUGGAUCGAACCUCAGGGACCAAAGCUAAAAUCUCCAAGCAACUCACAUGGGAUGCUGUCUUCAGGUUCUUGCAGCGUUACGUCCAGAAGGAGACCGAGAUCUUGCAGUCGAGUAAAUCCAAUGUCACCGCGGCCACGCGGCAGAAGAAGAUGGCCGAAGUGUGCAGCUUGGUCAAACACUUCAUCCGCUAUGCAAACGAACGUGGGCCUCGGCUAAAAUGCAGCGAGCUGCUGAAACACGUGAUGGAGGUGCUGCAGAGCCCGUACUGCUGCGCAGCCUACGGGGAGCAUUACAGCAGCCUCCUUCUAAAGGAUGUCCUCUCUGUCCGCAAAUACUGGUGUGACAUCCCUUCACAGGAGUGGCACGGUCUUCUGGACUUGUACUGCUGCUUGUUCAGCUCUUCAUCCAGACCCAUCAACCGUGUUUUGCUGAGCAGAGUCCUCCAUGCCGUGGUGAAGGGCUGCUGCGUGCAGACKGACGGCUUCAGCGACGCUUUGUUCAGCUUCUUCUCCAAAGCUCUGCUCAGUGCCAGGCAGGAGAAGCUUUUGACUGUUCUGGAACCCCUCAUCUCCGCGCUCAACAUCUUCUCGAGAUCCGCCGCCAUGAAUUGUCGGACAAGGCUCUGUCGCCUGGGGGAGGAGCUUCUGCCAUCCUUGCUGUGCAUGUGGGCGGAUAUGAGGCAGAGCCCACCUCUUAAAGAGGAGCUUGUGGAGUUCUUCAGCCUGCAGCUCUGUGUUCAUCACCCCAAAGGAGCAAAGACGCAAGACGCAGGUGCUUACGCUGAGGACUGGAGCAGGUGGCGGAGUCUGCUGUAUAACCUGUACGAUGCUCUGGUCCAAGAGAUCAGUCACAUAGGCAGCAGGGGGAAGUACGUCACAGGAACCAGACACAAAGCUGUCARAGACAAUCUGAUUGAGCUCACGGCUGACAUCUGUCACCAGCUGUUCAGCCACACGCUGGAGGUGUCCCAGGCCUCCCUCAGGGCCACGCAGAUGGGCAGUCCCACUCAGGGAGCAGCCAGUAAGAGGCGGCGCGUYGAAAUGGGAUGGGACGUACUUCGAGACCACCUGCAGCCGCAGCAAAGUGACUUUGACGUCAUACCGUGGCUGCAGAUCAGCACAGUGCUCGUCUCCAAGUACCCGUCCAUGGUUCCUGGUCGGGAGCUGGUCUCGCUGCUGUCGGUGCUGCAUCAGCUGCUUGCAGAGCAGCGCAGAGGAGAGAGGGGGCUGUACGUGCUGCGCUGCCUCAAGGAGGUGGCCCGCUGCCAGGCCCGCUGCCCGCAGACAACGCAGGACCACGGGGCCGAGCUGGGCCGCCUCUGGGUCCGGACGUGGGCCCUUGCAGUGCGACGGGUCAGCUCUCCGCAGACCGAGUCCCUCAGCCUGGACCUGCUGGCCUCCAUUGUUCACGGUGGACUGAUCGAUGUGGACAGAGAGUUCUGGAAGCUCUUCUGUGCAUCUACAUGCAAACCCUCUCAGAGCGCUGCUCUCUGUCUAGCCCAGGCGAUGCUGAAGUGUCCAGUCCCAAAGCGGCUGUCGUCAGGCUCAGGUUGGGAGCAGGUGGGAACCACUGAGGGGAGUGUCUCACCUAAUCUGAAGGAGACCCUCGUAGCCUGGUUACUGAUGAGCGACCAGAAUGAUGAGAUGGAGGACAGCUGCAGACCUCACCCCAUCAUCUGCAGAGAUUUUCCUCACAAUCUGAUAGCAAACAUCUUGGUCUCACUGACUCUAAAGGACACUCGAGCUGGGCUGAAGUUUCUGCUGGGUUCUGAUGGAGCAACAUGCUCUUUUUCUCAAGAACAAGCAUCAGCGGGUACCAAAGACGACCUGGAUGCGAUUGAGAGUCUGUACCAGGAGUUUAUCUUCAACUCACUGCCUUCAGAGAUCAGAGGAGCUGACGGAGAGUUGGUGAAGACGUCGUCGGCUGACAAUCAGUUCGCUGCUGUCCCGGCCCUCAGAAACAAUCUGGAGCAGCACCUGCUCUCCGUGGCUGACAGUCUGCUCAAAUGCUACUCUCCUGAUUCCCAGUCCAGCCCUGCAGAGUGUGUGGUGCGCUGCUGCAGCCACCUGACGGGGGUCCUGGCAGGUUACGUCUCCACCGGGUUCCUGAGUGAGGAGGAGGCCGGCUGCUCUCCGCUCUUCACCAAAGCCAAGGCCUUGGCCCAGGACCUGGGUGGGUUUGUGUCCAGUGUUAAAGUGAAGAUGACCGAGGAGGGCGUCAUGUCCACACUCAGAUCUGUUAUGAAGCUUUGCACACAGUCCGCCAGCAAAACAACAAAGGAUCGUGUUUGUUCCACCUCCUCUGGUUUGUUUGUAAUGACUCUUCCAGCCAGCCUCCUCGGUGAACUGGCAGAAAUCUGCAAAUUGCUGUUGAGCAGYGUCUCCAGGAGAGUCAGCACUGUGGAUGAUGACACACAUGUGGAAGACGACCAGCAAACUAGGAACGACUCGGACCUGUCUGAUGGCGAGGAGUCCUGCAGCAGCGCCAACGGGACCCACAGACAGAAGGGAGACAACCCUGACGCCUCAUGUGGGCCGGGUGCAAAGAGCCUGCUGGCGGAGGAUCACAUGACCCAGCAGGACCUGGCUCUCCUCGCCGUGUUGGAGUUCCUGUGCGAGUGCGGUUCUGCUCGGCCCGUCCGCGGUCUGCUGUUUAAGCCCCAGGAGGUGCGGCGCAGGUUGCUGCUCCUGCUGGAGCAGAUAGACUUCAGCAAAGCCCUGCACCUCAACAUGUAUCUGGUCCUGCUGAAGAAGCUUCCUGCUGAAGACACGCUGUCCCCGGAGGAAUUCGAUGCGCUGCUGCAGCCUCUGGCGGACUUGUGUUCCUUGUAUCGUCAGGACCAGGAAAUCUGUGCUGCUGUCCUGCUCAGUUUGUUACCCUUCAUAAAGAGUCUGGGGAAAAUGGUUCACCGGCAUGAAGACAUGAAACAUGCACAGGGCUCUCUUCUUCAAGUCCUGUCUGGCUUCUGCUAUCUUAUCCAGACGGGGAAAUGUGUGUCAGCUGUGCGAGCUGCUUUAGUGCAGUGUUUGGUUGCUUUGCUKGAGGCUGACCCCCGCUGUAACUGGGCGAUCCUGAGUUUCAGAGACCCAGAGGCGGACCGUCCCGUGUCUUCUGUUCUUCCGUCACACCUCGCAGAUGCCCACCACCAAGUCCGCAUGCUUGUAGCCGUAUCAGUGGAGAGGCUGUUUCUUGAGAUGGGACCGACGCAGUCCGAUAAGAGAAAGAUGCUGCCAUUGAAACUCCAGCAGGCAGCUUUUGAGAACAUUUACCUGAAGGCUCAGGAUGGGAUGAGGCUCCUGAGAAGCAGAUCUUCUGAGGAACAGCGGGACGAAGCAUUCAAUCGUAAAGCCGCGCUGCUGAAGAGUUUGUCUGUGGUGCUGAGCUGCAGCCCGGUGUGUGAAAAGCAGUGCCUGUUUGCUCUCCUACAGUCCUACAAGGAGAACAACGUAGAGGAAGAACUCAUCAAAAAGAUGUUGUUAAGUGUCUCCAACGUGUUGGGCUACAAGAGUGUAAAAACAUUUGUCAGCUCUCACCUGUAUUACCUGGUAGCCGAGUGGCUUGCUCAAAGACAAUCUGACGACCGCUACACGCUCGGCUCUUUCCCCUACAGUCUGCUGGACCAUGACACAGUCAAAGAUUUCUAUAACUCCUCCUACCAGGUUCUGAUCCCCCACCUAGUCUUCCUGGAUGACUUUGAGCAGGUGAAGUCCAUUGGCCGAAGCCUUGAGAAGGACUGGAAGCUCUUACUGGCCGACUGCUUCCCCAAGAUCAUGGUCAACAUCCUGCCGUACUUCGCUUUGCCUGGUCAGGAUUCCCAGGUUGCUCAGCAGAGGGAGAAGGCCCACAGAGUGUACGACCUCCUGAAAGACGCCAGCUGUUUGGGUAAACAGCAAAUUGACAGCCUGAUCCACAGUAACCUGGCAGACAUCGUAGUGGAGCUGCUGAUGACUCUGUAUGAAGACGGCAAAGCAGAAGGAGACCUGAAACACUUUAUUGGAGAGUUGGAUCCUGCACCUAAUCCACCACACUUCAGCUCACAUGUCAUUAAAGCUACACUUGACUACCUCAGCAAGUGUCACAGUGCCAACCACAAGUCACUGGUAGCCAUUCUGUCAAAAACCCCGAUUUCCAUCCAGAAGAUUCUGCUGGCUGUGUGUGAAAAGGUGGCGGAGACGAUCAACGGCUACGAACGUCACCGCGUCCUCCUCAUGUACCACCUGUUCGUCAGCCUGCUGCUCAGGGAGGUGAAGGACGGUCUGGGAGGAGCCUGGGCCUUCGUCCUCAGAGACAUCAUCUACACCCUCAUUCACCACGUUAACAGCAGAUCGCUUCAUUGUGACGAGGUUUCUAACCGGAGCCUCUCUCUGUGCUGCGACCUGCUCACCUCKGUGUGUCAGGUGGCGCUGCAGUUUUGCGACGAUGCUCUUGACUGCCACCUGCAGGUCAUUGUGGGAACUCUGACCUUUCAGGUGACCAAUCAGUCAUCUGUCUCACAACAGGUGCUGAAUCUACUGCAGUUUCUUAUAAUUGAGAAUCAACAAAAGUUAAAAGGAGCCAUCAGCAGGUUGGAGCCUUUUCCUGAURUUCCUGAAUUCAGAGAGCUGCGCUCGGUGCAGCACAGACUCAAAUACAGCAGCGGCAGCUUCAAGCUGAGACAGGAGAUAACUCACUUCCUGUCAGCGUCACCCUGUGACUCCUUACCACUGACCAGACUUGAAGGGUUAAAGGAGCUGACGAGACAGCUGCAUCACAACAAAGGACAGAUCCAGGAGCUGCUCAGAGAAUGUCAUGCUAACCCUACUGACAGUGUGCUGGUGAAGCUGGUCCUGAGUCUGCUGCAGCUCUGCAAACUAGCCACCAAUCACCCCGGAGGAGACAGUAUUUUAGAGGCGGCAGGCAGCUGUCUGGGAGAACUUGGCCCAGUGGACUUCUCCACCAUCGCCCUCCUCCACGGCAGAGACCUCCUCUAUGAAAAGGCGGCGUCUCUCUUGGCCUGYGCGGAGUCGCAGCGUAUUUACAUAAUCCUGAACUGCAUGAACGACGCGCUCACACAGCAGAGGGUUGAGGUGAGGCGGGCAGCAGCUCAGUGCGUGAAGAACAUCCUGGCCACUCAGUCUGGAGCCGACUUCUGGAGCCAGCACAAAGACAACAGAGACCCCUUGCUGGUUUAUCUGAAUCUCUUCAGAACAGCCAAGAACAAGGUGGCUGCAGUGAGUGCUGAGGAGAGCUCAGAGGCCAGGAGGAAGCUGGACAGCCAGGAGUUUUGGAUUCCCCAGUCAGGCGGGCACCACGCCUGGCUGAAGGCUCUGUGCACAGCCCUGCUGGACAGUGGUGGGGUCAGGAGCGAGGGGCUGCUGCUGUCACGACCUCUGUGUCUGGUGAUGGUGGACUGUUGCCAGAGGCUGCUGCCCCUCAUCAUUCACUCCAUCCUGCUGGAGGACCCCAGCGGUUCCUGGAGGGAGCUGCUCUCUGCCCACAUCCGGGACUUUUUCAGCUUUUGUUCCAGAAACGCUCAGGCCGCCAGUCGAUCCGCCACGCCACUCAAUUCCGACUCUGAGUCCAACACUGCCAGCCAAGGUCUGUACGACAAGACGUCUCUGCGCACCAUGCUAACUGUUAUUGACUAUCUGAGACACCACCGGAGACCACUGGAAGCUGACGGUGACUSUUGCGGCACCGUGUGUGACUCAAACUUCUGGCUGGACCUGAACUACCUGGAGGUGGCCCGGGCUGCUCAGUCCUGCCUGGCCCACUUCACCGCUCUGCUCUACACAGAGAUCUAYGUCGACAAGAUCAAAGCCAACAUGGAGGAAAACUGCAGAACUAAGACCAGAGCAACACGCAAGAUCAAUUUUGAGGAGAACAGCCAGAACUUUUCCAUCUCCAGUCUGACUGAGAAGAGUAUGGAAGACACAAACAUCAGUCUGCAGGAGCUGCUGAUCGAGGUGUAUCGCAGCAUCGGGGAGCCCGACAGUCUGUACGGCUGUGGAGGAGAGACCAUGACCACUUCGCUGACGAGGAUUCGAACGUACGAACACGAGGCUCUGUGGGGAAAAGCCCUGACCUCCUACGACCUCAAUUCUGCUCUGCCCGAGGUCACGCGCCUGGUUGGAAUUGUGGAGGGUCUGCAGAACUUCGGUCUGAGCAGCAUCCUCGCCACCUACCUGCGGGGUUUGGAGAGGGAGGGGGUGGAGUGGGGGGCUGAGCUGAGAGAGCUGCGCUUCCAGGCAGCCUGGAGGAACACCGAGUGGGACUGCGAGCUGUUAGAGAGGAGUGAGAAAUCCACCCCUGGAUUCCACGAAUCGAUAUUUUGCACCCUUCAGGCGCUGAGGGACAAAGACUUUUUUAUAUUUGAUCAAACUCUGGAGCAAGCCAGGGUUGCUGAAGUGGAGGAGCUCUGCAGAGGCAGUCUAGAGGCUGUGUCCUCUCUGUAUCCGGCCCUCAGGGACCUGCAGAGCAUCAGGGAGCUGGAGAGUGUCAAACAGCUCUUCUCCGGACCUUUUUCAGAUGUGGCUCUGAGGGAAGUUUGCAGCCAGUGGCGGCAGCACUCCCAGCUGCUUGUGGACAGCGAUUUCACUGUGGUGGAGCCCAUUCUCACUUUGCGUUCCGUGACCCAACACGCCCUGCUGUCCAGGUUACAAACCCCAGAGAGCAUCCAGGACGUCCGCCUGGUGCUCACCGAGCACCUCAUGGAGYUGUGCCGUCUGGCUCGCAAGGCUGGCAGCACUCAGCUUGCAGAGCGCGCGGUUUAUCAGAUGAAGCAGCUCGGCGGUGGAGGGACCUGCCCGGUGAUGUCAUGGCAGCUGGAGGAGGCCCAGGUGUUCUGGGCAAAGGGAGAACAGGGUCUGGCUCUGGGUCUGCUGAGACAGAUGAUACACAGACUGGAAGAAAAGGUGGACUUUAAUCCUGCUCUGACACCGCUCUACACCGAGUGCCUCAGGCUGUGUGGAAACUGGCUGGCUGAGACCUGCCUGGAAAGUCCUGGAGUUAUCCUGGAACAGUACCUGGAACGGGCGGUGGAGGUGAUUGAGGGGGAAUCGGGGGCCCGGGACCCCAGACUGCAGAGCCAGCGGACUGAGGCCUUCCUGUCUCUGGCUCGCUUCUCUGACGCUCAGUACCAGAGCAUCGACAAGUACAUGAAGUCCUCCGAGUUUGAGAACAAGCAGGCGUUGCUGGAGAAGGCCAAAGAGGAGGUGGACCUGAUUAAGGAGCGUAAAGUGACCAACAGAUACACAAUUAAGGUGCAGCGGGAGCUGGAGCUGGAUGAGAAGGCCCUGUCAAACCUGCGGACGGACAGGCAGCGCUUCCUCUGCAAGGCGGUGGAGAACUACAUCCAGUGUUUGGAGCAGGGCGAGGAGCACAACACCUGGGUGUUCCGGCUGGCUUCGCUCUGGCUGGAAAACGCAGACAUCAAAGUGGUGAACGACACAAUGAAGAAGGGAGCGAAGCAGAUCCCUUCUUACAAGUUCCUGCCGCUCAUGUAUCAGCUGGCCGCUCGCAUGGGAACCAAGAUGGGUUCCACCGAGUUCCACGACGUCAUAAAUGAUCUGAUUUGUAGAGUGUGUUUGGAUCAUCCUCACCACACACUCUUCAUCAUUUUUGCCCUGGUGAACGCCAACAAAGACGAGGCAUUUUGCAGAACACGGGUGUCUAAAAAUUCUCCACGACAGGCGUCACAGUUUGACCUGGAGCGCUCGAAUGUGGCCCGCAAGCUCAUCCGCGCAGUCAGUAAAAAACGAGGCAGGAUGGUCCGGGACAUCGAGCGCCUGUGUGACGCCUACAUCUGUCUGGCUUACAUGGACGCCAGCCGCCACAAGACUGAGAAGAAGGCCAUUCCCAUCCCUGCUGAUCAGCCCAUCAUGCAAAUCAAGGAGCUCAGUGAGGUUACUAUCCCCACCAUGGAGAUAAAGGUGGACCCAUCUGGCUGCUACGACAGCCUGGUGACUGUUAGAUCCUUCCAGCCUCACUAUCGCCUUGUGGGAGGAGUCAACCUGCCUAAGAUCAUUGACUGUGUCGGCUCUGACGGAACAAGCUGGAGGCAGCUGGUCAAAGGUCAGGACGACCUGCGGCAGGACGCGGUGAUGCAGCAGGUCUUCAGCAUGUGCUCCAUGCUGCUGCAGCGAAACACCGACACUCGGAAGAGGAAGCUCAACAUCAGAAGAUACAAAGUGGUGCCGUUCUCUCAGCGCAGUGGGGUGUUGGAGUGGUGCUCUGGCACGGUGCCCAUCGGGGAGUUCCUGGUGGAUCCAAACAAAGGAGCCCACAAACGUUUUCGACCUCAGGACUGGAMCAACAUGGCCUGCCGCAAGAAAAUGAUG